ACUGUAUGCUUGAUAAGUGGACGCACCCCGAUUGCUCGUAAGAUAAAUAUCACAAGAUGGAAGGGGAAAAAAAAAAAGAAAUUUGACUUGUUCUAUGCAAGAUAGCUGCUCAGUGUUAGGGCAAGGAGAAAGGGUAAGAAGUUCGGCUUCUUCUAUGAUAGCUGGUUAGUGCUAGGGCAAGGAGAACGAAUUCUGUCGUUUUACGUGCCAAAACCACGAUUUGAUUAUGAGGCACGCCGUAGUGGGGGACUCCGGAUUAAUUUUGACCACCAGGGGAUCUUUAACGUGCUCCCAAUGCACGGGUCACGGCCGUUUUCGCAUUUAGUCCCCAUCGAAAUGCAACCGCCGCGGCCGGGAUUUGAUCCCGCGACCUCGUGCUUAGCAGCGCAACCCCAUAGCCGCUAAGCCAACGCGGCGGGUCCCUUUGCGCAUAUGAAUAACAAUUAAGAAAAAAAAAAGCGCGUUAUAAAUCAUGCAAUCUGUACAUUUAGAAAAUUCAACAAUUGCGCAACCGUAUACAUGACCCUAGAGCGCGGGCACUGCAGGCGCGCUCUAGUGUUGUUCAUCCUGCAACAAUGGCGUGAAGUGCGUCUUCUUCCUCGGCCACACGAAACAACGCAGCCGCGGCGCUCAACAGUGGACGUUGCAGCCAACCGACCGUGCCCAUGAAUCACGCGCUCGGUGGGCCCAUUGAGUUCGCUCGCGGCAGCUGGCUCGAGCCUCGGGCUUCGGCAGCGGAGGAAGACGACGGCCGGCAGCAGGCACCAUCGGCAGCGCCAGCGAGCGCGGCAGCAGGCCCGGCAUUCAUUGGCAGCCGCAGUAGCGUGGCGGGAGGCGACGAGGACGAGCGGGGCCGCAGAGACCAGCGUUCGGGAUCCAGCCAUCGGUCAUCGCGCAGCCAGCCAUCCAGCUAUGGGCACGGCCGACGAGAAGCGCUGGGAGGAGGAGGAGGAGGACAACCACGACAAGGACUCGGGCCUCGAGUCGCUGAACGGCUCGUCCGAAGAAGAGGACGAGCUGGCGCAGCGCAUCGUGGCCCAGGUCGAGUACUACUUCUCGGACGAGAACAUCCUGCGCGACUCGUUCCUCCUGAAGCACGUGCGGCGCAACCGCGAAGGUUACGUGAGCCUCAAGCUGAUGGCCUCGUUCCGCAAGGUCAAGAGCCUGACCAAGAACUGGGAGCUGGUGCGCGAGGCGCUGCGCUCGUCGUCCACGCGGCUCGAGGUGAACGCAGAGGGCACCAAGGUGCGCCGCCGCGAGCCGCUGCCCGAGCACGACGAGACGGCGCCCUCGCGCACCGUGGUCGCUUUUCCUCUCGUGGAUCGCGUCACCGUGGAGGCCGUGGCCGAGAUCUUCUCGCGCUGCGGGCCCAUCUCGCUGCUGCGCCUGCUGCGUCCCGGUGGACCCGUGCCGCCCUGCGCCAAGCGCUUCCUCCAGCGCCAUCCGGAGGCCAGCGGCUGCUCGGCCGCCGUCGUCGAGUUCGAGCAUCACGAGGCGGCCAGCCUGGCGGUGCGGCAGGCCAGCCCGCUGCUGCGCGUGCUGCCGCUCUCUCCGCCGACGGUGGGCCUGCCGCCCACCCCGGCUGCUGCUGCGGCGGUGGACAGCGAUGGGCACCGCGGCGGGCAGGUCGGCGGCAGGCCCACCGCCAACCGCAGCGUACGAGUGCCUGGCCCGGGCGGCGCGGCGUGCAACUCCCCGUGCCCCUCGUCGCCGUCGCCGCUGCUGGCCCCCCGACACAAGUCACACAGCCAGGGUGACGUGAGCGCUGCCGGCCUGUGGGUCAAGAAACGCCCCGACGGACUGGGGCCCGUGCUUCGCCAGCCUCGGGGCCCAGACGGCACGCGCGGCUUCCAUGACCGCAGCAGCGCCUGCCUGGCGCCCUCCUGAGCUCAAGCAGACCACCGAGCGCGCGCAGGCCCAAAAUUCGGCUGCUCCGCCCCACACCUUUUUUUUUUCUCUCACUGUGUCUUUUAUUGUGUCACAUUAAACUUGUUCCACCCUCAG